AACCGGAUUUUAACCCGAUUGUACUCAAAAUGCUAGUCGUAUUCUCCACGUUCAAACUUCCGGUAAAAAUAAAUCAACGGGUUAAAAAGGAUGGGGCUGUGUAAAUGCCCCAAAAAGAAAGUUACAAAUCUCUUUUGCUUUGAACACAGAGUCAAUGUGUGUGAAAAUUGCUUAGUGGCAAACCAUGCAAAGUGUGUGAUUAAAUCCUACCUGCAGUGGUUACAGGACAGUGAUUACAACCCAAAUUGUAGGUUCUGUAACAAUGUACUAAGUGAUGACCAGUAUGGAGAUUGUGUUAGAUUGACUUGUUAUGACAUAUUUCACUGGCCUUGCCUGAACCAGUAUGCCCAGCAGUUUCCUGCCAACACUGCACCAGCUGGUUACACCUGCCCAACCUGCAAUGCUGGAAUCUUUCCUCCACAAAACAUGGUGUCGCCAGUGGCAGACAAACUCAAAACACUUCUCUCUACAGUGAACUGGGCAAGAGCAGGCUUGGGGUUACCACUGAUUGAUGAACCACAAGAACCAGUCCUCCCGACAGCACCUCUAACACAGAGUUCAACAAAGUCUGAGGCAAGCUUAACUACCCAGAGCACUCCACAAAAAUCUGCUCCAAAUCAUGUGACACCCCCCAACUCCACAGGGUUCUCAAACACACCAGCUGCAUCUCCGUAUCCAUUAGGGGCCUCACCGAAUCCCCAGACUGGAACCCCAUAUUCGCCAGUGUCUCCUCCUAACUACAACAACAGACCAAGUGCUCAUGUUCCUCCCAAUCAGCACAGUGUGAUCAGUGUCGACGAGGGUACCUCUGUAAGGGGCCAGGAGAAACCUUUAUUUGGAGAUCCAAGGAAGUUGUUUGAUUCCACCAAAGAAGAUACAAAUUCAAUGUUUAACACGUCACUAGACCAUGAUGAAAAUAAAUACAGGAGAAGAUCUGCUAUGGAAUGGCUCACUAAGUGGCUUAAGUCAAGGGAUAGUAAGCAUGGAAAAAAGGAUGCAACCUCCCUAAGAAAACGGUUCUUGGUGGUUUUACUGAUCGGAGUGAUAGGAUUUUUGACAGUUAUUGUGAUAUUCUCAAAAUUAGGUCGUAGUGACAUUGAUGAGGAUCCAUUUUUAGGAAAUCCUCAAGUGAGAGUGAUGGAUGAAAUUCAUGACUGAUGUUAUGUCUGACAGUGAUAUUAAGUGUUCUGUUAUUAUCAUUUACUCUCAAUAAACAAAUUUGAUAUAAAAAUACACAUAUAAAAUAUACAUUUUAAUAAGUGGUGAAAAAUAAAAUGUAUGUGAAACAUCAUAAAAGAAACUAGGCCUACCCUAAGAAGUUACUGGUUUGUUUUAAACUUAAGCAUAAAAAAGGACAUUGUAGAAAAAUGAUUGUACAGGUUCAUUACUUUGAUUCUUUUCACUCACUGUGAUAGGAUUAAAAAUGUUUUUACGUAUCUACUGAUAUUUAGAAAUAGACUGUUAAAUACGGUAUAUAAUUCUGAUUACCCAACACAGGGUAUAUUCAUUGACAGGGGUCAUUGUAAAAAAAAAAGAUGAAAUAUUGUAUAAUGUGUAUUGUACUGUAUAUUAAUUUAUGUGACUCUACUAUUAUUUAAAGGUAGUUUUACAUCUGUAACACAAUAUUUAUAUGGAACUGCAUGGAUUAAAACUAGAAGUUUCACAACUAACAUAGUGCUAUGAAGAUCCAGGAACUGGGAGUGGUGCCCAUAAUUUACUUUAAUGAAAUGAAUAAUUGGUGAAAAACAGUACUUGCAUUUUGAAAUACUCUAGAAUGUACCAUUUUGCAUCACUUCAAAUCUUUUGGGCAACCGCUUAAUUGUUGUAAUAUUUACAGAAAUUGAAUUAUUUUUGUGAACCAGCUAGUGUAAUUAUUGUUUGCUCUAAACAUUAUGUUUUAUGAAGAUCAAUAUGAUGACAUCAUUAUCUGUUUCUGAGAGUUAUUGCUUAAUUUAUUUUGUUAAUAAAUGUCAGUUAAAUAAA